UGCACCGCUGCGGGCGUGGGCGCUCCGGGACGUGAGUGGGUGUGGGAGCGCGUCCCUCGGGCCACCGCGGGGCCACCCCCAGCCCCAGGGCUGCCGGACACCCACAUCAAUGAAGUCGAGGUCCUCUGCCUGGAGGCCACCGGCUGGAAGGAGAACCCGCCCCUCCCCCUUCUGGAGCGUGACCCCUGCCUUCCCAGAGGCCGGCAGCACCUGGGUCCGUUGGGGCCGAACCAUGGAGGAAGAGCCUUUCAAAGCGUCUUCAGACCACCGAAACCUGGGUCAGGCGAGCGGGCACGAUGGCCUUCCAGAUGGGGGUAUCCAGGCAACACUGUCGCAGCCAGGCCUGAGCACGCAGCUGUCUGAGGUCCGAGGGAGCUCGGACCAGAACCAUGGCACAGGCCAUGAGACCCGCGGGGACAGCCAGCAGGGCCUCCUGGAGGAUGGUGACAAGUCCAUUUCACAGAGGGACAAGGACAGUUCCAAGCCGGAGGACCUGGACCAGCACACUCUGCUGGACCUGGAACCACCCCGCAGCAGCACCCAGGGCAUCUGGUUAGCAGAGUUGGACAGCGAAUCUGGGAACGAGCAUUUCUCAGAGUCAUUGUCUAGUACCUUGGAACAAGCAGGCUUUCGACUCUACUUGGCAGAGCAGCAGAAAAAGCUGCCGCUGCCCCUGAGGGAACUCAUGGAGACUGAAGCUCUGGAAAUCCUCACCAAAGCCCUCAAGAGCUAUCGGUCCAAGAUCGGCGAGAACCACUUUCUGACUCAAGAGCUGCAGCGAAGCGUCGAGGAGCUCCAGAGGCGGAAGAGGCUACUCUGGAAGUCUCAGUGAACCUCUGUCUCUAGCAGCGGUUCGACUCCUGCCCCUUGUCCUGUCCCGUCCCCAGACCCAAGCCCGACCCCAUCCGAUUGGAGUCUGAGCCCAAGAGAAAUUAAAGAGUCUGUGCAUAA